AAUACGUAUUUAAGACGGGAAAAGGUCGAGAAACGGAAAAAAGGUAGAAAAAAACGUAUCGAAACGGAGCGGCGGCGGCGGACGACGUUUUCGAAAACGGCGCGGCGGAACGGAAUUUUGUGAUGGUAAUUGUCUAUAAUACGGGUGGCGCGGCGCCGGCGGAAAGACGAACCGCUUCACGCUUUAUUAUAUAAGGAGAUUCUGAGUACAAUUUACGUGUGCAUUUUAUGCACUCACUUUUGAUACCAUGGUCAUAGUCAACUUUGAGAUAAGGUCAAGUAUAUCCACUCUUUUUUUUUUAAUUUAUCGAAAAAAAAAUCAUAAAACACAGUACGUAGCUUUUCGUGUGUCAUACUGUGUUUUAUCAAUGUUAACUGAAAUAAUUUAUUUUGAAACCAAAAUAUAUCAAACAGUUUGUGGUCGUGUGGCAUGUGCAUUCUAUUUUAAAAUACAAUUUUGCUUAUAAGUAUUAUAACCAAUAAUAUACCUAUGCUAUAAUUUAAAUUAUACCUAUGUCGAACGGGUUGUAUUGUUAUAUUAACUUUUAUUAAUAUAAAGUAUUAUUAAUUGUUAUGGAAGACCACACUUAUUCAUUGUCAGCUGCACCGUUAACACAGAGUGAUGAAGAUGUUAUUAUUAUGGCAGACAGUCCAGAAAAGGCAUGUACAAUGCUGACUCAGCCAGAUGAAGCUGCCUCAGGUUUUACAUCAAAGAAUACUCUAAGUAUUUUUGAAAAUUUAUUUGAUGAAGAUAUUGUAUACUCCUCUGAUUGUGACGAUAUGGAUAAAGAUCCCAAUUAUAUUCCCCUUACUAAUUUGGAGACUCCUGUUGAUCCGUUAUGUACAGCUGAAGUUGAAACACAUCACAAUACUGGUCAUAGAAAUCAAGAAAUUACAUUAAGAAAACGUAGGAUGUCAACCAAUGAAAAGUAUACUCGACAAGUCAAGAUCAAAGAAGCUCAAAACAAAAAACAAAUUGACAAACACCCUAUUAUACUAAAAACUUGUGAUGGUAAGUGUAAGAAACAAUGUCCUCUGUUGAGUGAUGAGCAUCAAAAGGAAAUUUGGUUAAACUAUUGGAAGUUAAGCUAUUCAGACCGUCGGAAAUAUUUGUCAAAAUGUGUAACUUUGGUCCAUAUAAAGCGAAGAAGAGUUUCAACUAAUGAUAAUAAUAGUUUAAAAAAAAAUAAAAGUCGUGUUUAUUCAUUGACCCAUCCUGAGUUGAAAGUUGAAAUAUCAAUUUGCAAGAAAACAUUUUUACAAACCCUCGGGUACACAAAUGACUCAGUAAUAACUGAGUUGGUAGCAGCCAUGGAAAGGGAUUCAUGUGGGCAGUAUGUGACAGAGAAUAGAGGUAGAUCCAGAGCUGACAUUAUUGAUUGAAA